GAGAGAGAACCAGGGAAAGAGCUGUUUAGAAAUACAGUUUGUGGCUCCGCGAUGCCGCCGGCUUCCUCUACAGAGACUGCCAGUUUCCCUUUUUGUUUGCAAGGUGUGUGUGGUUUUAAUAAAUAACUUAAAAAAUAAGAGGUAGGCCGGCAAGAUCUGUCAGGAGACAGGUAUCUAUUUUGCUCACUAUUUACUACCGAGCCUUUGGCACUGGAACAGAACCUCGUAAAUCUGCAGCCCAAGUUGAAGUUCAUCUGGCCCUAGUCCACACGCUAUUCCUGGAGGUAGCAAACAUGAGCUCAAAAGAACAAGGUGAAAUCACAUUCUUGCUUUAAAAUAUAUACUUUUUUUUUAAGGAGAAAAGAUGUUUAUCUCUGGGGGAGGAGGAAAUGGAAAGAGCCCCAGGAGAUGGGCAUUCCCUUGCUAAAAUGACUGUAGUUGAGUCUUCGGGCCAAAUAGAAACCUGUAGAUGGGAAAUAUUCUUCCCUCCCCCCAUUUACAAGAAGAAGUUUCCAAUAUCCUAUUUGGAAGACUUUUCAGUACUGGCCCAAGCACAGGCUGAUUUUAAGGGUCUGUUGAGAGUGACAGUAAGGCUAGAAGCUGGUUGUAAAAACUGGCAACUUGAACAAGAAGGCAGCUGGAAGAAGGAAUGCUCCAAUUGACAUUUUCCUCUGUGCUCAGUUUUAAGUGUUUUACCCCAUUCUUUCUAGAAAAGACUCUCCAAUUUAUUCUGGUUGGUAGACGACGAUGGGACUCUAAACUCUUAGGCUGUUGUUUGCCGAGCCUUGAAGAGUUCCAGUUAUUGGUUGAGUAAAUGGUAGCCAUGACUAGAUGUCAAAAUCCUUCCUUCCCUCUCUACCCUACCGGGUAGCCACACUCACUACCCACUUUAUUAUGAAAAACUUACAAGAUUCAAAGGACGUGGUGCAGUAGUGCCACCCCUCGGUGGGUGAAACUCUAUUUGCAGAAGUCAAAUAUUUGAAAAAUACUGUGAAAUGACUUUAUGAGGAUUUUUUCCCCCUUUAGGAAGGCGAGAUAAAAGCAGCUUUAACGAAAGGACUUUGCAGUCAAUUUUUCAAAUGGAGAGGGAAAAAAAUCGCUUUCCAGCUAAGAUGGUGUCAUGAUAAUAUAAGCAAAGUAGGGUGUCUGUGUGUGCUAUGCGGGGAGGGUUGCCUAGUUGCCUUCAAGUAGGCGUUCUACAGGUGGGGGUAGCCCCUCUGUCCGCAUGGACUUGACUUCUCAGGGCAUUUGAAUUCUGCUACUUGUCUGACAUUGAGAUAAAGAGGCGUAUUUGGGUGUAAAAAAAAAACCAGUGAGUGGAAGUCCUGUAGUUUUGUUGGCGGUGAUGGUGAUGUUUGCGGGGGUUGGGGGGGUGGAGGGGUAGGAAGAUAAGGAGGAAGAUUUGUGGAUGGCGUGGGGCAGUGGUAGGAUGGUCUGAACCGGAUUUGGAGCCCUCUGGGAGUCAAAAUAGUGUGGCGCGUGCAGGUUUCCUGCCCUGCGCAACAAGUGGGAACGCCGCCGCAGUUGCCGCCGCAGUUAUCCUAGCGAGGCUGCUGUGUUGCUGUAAAGCUGACCGGUUCCUCUUCGUCCCACUGCAAACCAGGAAAGGCUCCACUAAACCCUCCCCACCUUCCAGUCCGAGACUAGCAGCCCCACCAAAAGACCAUGCUCGUCUUCCCGCCUCCACCCCCGGCUUUGUCAAGCGCUGUGAGCCUGGGUGGAACCCUACGGCCCUCAGGGCCCCUUUUCUCCGUGGGGAUCAGGAGUUAAUUCACGAUUUUCUAUGCUGAUUGACCAGUGUUUGGCAGGAAGCUCUGCUAAUACCGUCGAGUGCCAUUCUGCUUUUUGGAGAUAAGUGCACCUUUUCUUUCCCUUCCCAAGACAUUCAGCCUUUGGGCUGGAAAAAUCAACGUAUAAUAUAUGAACGCAGCUCCAGGUACCGCGUUGUGGUUGCUAGAGGUGUGAGCAACAGGAAGAACAGACUUAGAUCCAAAAAAGUAAAUGUUUCCUCGCAUUGCCUACGGAGGCAAUCCCUCUAAACAGAUCCCACCACGCUAAAAAAAAAAAAAAAAAAAAAAAGUGGAGGGCACUCGGGCGUGGAGGGCUGUGGCCACGCAGUGAUUUUUCGAACGGACUGGGUCUGCCACCUAGUGGUAGGUCGUGACUGAGUUCCCCGACUUGGAAGGUAGAAGGACCGCGUCACCCUAGGGUCCGUUCCCAAUUAUCCCUACCAGGUGCUAGUACUGACAGAGGGGGUGGGAGCACCCUUCAAUUUGGAUGAUAUCCGACCUCCGAAGUUUUGGUAAGAUGAUGAAAAUUAGAAAACUUCCUGGAUCCUUGCCCCAUCCAGGGUCGCUCAGCCAUGGGCAUCUGCCUCCACUAAGACAAAAUACACCGUUUUGAACACACUAUUCCCUGUCGCUCUGGCCUCUCUCCGGGGGAUGUCGGUGUGGACAGAUGCCGUGGGGACUCUGGGACAUCACAACUCUUUACAGGUGAAACUGGCCUGAAGAAGAGGCCUGUUAAUAGUGAAAAGUUACCUAACCGGGACCAGAUUUUAAGCUUCUGAAUUCCAGGUCAGUGACUUAAAGGUAAAGGUGAAUUUAUCUCCGCUCCUUUGAGGCAUCGAAGAAAAAGGAGCAGCGGUCAGAGAGAGCUAUGAUUUUUAACCUCUUAGUUCACCGUAGUUGGAACGAUUCCCUAGUUGUCUUGGAGGAAUUUAUUUAGAAAAUAUGGCCUAUGAUGUUAGUUAACAGACACGAAAAGCCUACUGUAGUGUUGAGGGGUUUCAGAUCUUGGGUGUGUGUGCAUGUAUUAGGGGGUCAUUAAGGCCAAGUCCCUAGAGCUGCAGAAGUGCACCUCACUUGGCCCGACGUUCACAUUUGGAUUCUAAAAGUACUCUUCUCCCCCUUUCUCCCAAACCUUGCUUAGUGGCUUGGCGAAAAAACACUUGGGGAUGGAGAGCGAGGGGCGGGGCGUGGGGAUUCCUACGGACAGGCAGAAUGUAAUCCUGGUAGAAUUUGUGCCACAACAGCUUCUUAAUCAAAGUUUUAUUUCUCGGAGCUCAAAACUUAAGAUGGCAAACGCGCGUCCGCGUGCUGGCGGCCUCUAGCGACCGCCGGCGUGCGUCCCCGAGGGAGACGCCGUUGUCUCCACCGCCUUGGUCCGCGGGAAUCGAGUUCAGUCACCCCCACUGCUGGUCGAGGCCGCGUCGGAGAAACGCGCCUCUGUUCAGGUUGGAAACGAAUAUGCAGAUGUGUUUGAAGAGCGGUCAUGUUUGAGUCAUCGCUUUCCAAGGACAGUUAGUGCCUUCUAUCUUCAAUAACGUGAAUAAAGACCUUGGCUGACUUCCGUUCCGAUCGGAUUUUUAAAGGCAUUGUUUGCUUGGGGACAUCAUGCCGCUGCCCUCCUCUACCAGACUUUUGCAAGGGUCGAGCCCGGUCCAGCCAGGAUGUAGGAGAUAACUUUGCUCCCGGACUUGGUUUGCUGGCGUUGUCUGCUGGCCCUUUCUGGAAGGCUGGCGCGAGCCGGGCGCACCGGGAGCGUCCUUUCUGCAGCUUGUCUUCAGAUUUUGAUGAUACAACACAUCCCUCUAUUUUAUUGCAUUUCCUAGAAGCUUGCAGACUUGCAAGCUCACUGUUGGCAGGAAAGGUGAUAGAAAUGAAAGUCAGGACACUACGUCCCCGAACAUUCCGGUCACCCGAAGCGACUGCCUAGGCUACCGCAUUAUCAAAUUUGCUUUCAUCUACGUUGUCUCCCCACUUUCCUCCUCCCCCAACACAACUAAGAGCGCGAAGAGUGUUCCCCCUCCCCCGCCUAGAAAAUCAACAACUCCGCUGUUUGACCCCACUCUCUAGCGCGGACCACUGUGGAUAGUUAGCUGAGCGGACCGGCGCGGCUUGUUAGCUGAGACGCAGCGCAGAAAGUGAGCUCUCGUGCAGGAGCCCUGAUGUGGGUUUCACUACAGCAGCUCCAGCCUCAUUAAAAUUCCUCUUCCCUGCCCUUAAACAGUGCUUUGCACUUCCAAAUUCCCCUUUGAGUUUCUCAGCGACUUAUUAGAGUUAUUAGAUUACCAAUGACCCAAAGGCCGGCCGGGAUAGAGAUGCGGUGGGGGGAAGGGAGGAAGUCAUUCUCCCAAUCUGUAGACGGAGUCUAAAGUAGGUCAAUGGGAAGGAGGGGCGGAGCGACCAUGUUGGUUUCAAGCCUUGAUGGAGAGCGCUCUCUAGUGUUAGGCUGCGGUAAAACACCAUUAGGUUUGAGCUCCCGGAACCAGCGGACUCCUAAUUUCCAAUAAACGCAUUUACUUAAUUUGUAACUUCCCUUCCUAGAUUCUCACCCCAUCCCAUAUUAAAUUUCAGCCUUUGCUUUCACAUUUACUCCCCCAGGCGAAGGGAAUGGAAAGCAUCAAAGAAGGAUUUUUAUGAGGCCGAAGAGGCCCAGUCUUUACCGACGGAUCCUGACCCUACCUCCGCCGCUGACAGGAUGCACGGCGCAGCGUGACACCGCCCACCUGUUUUAGGGCAAGACAGCAGCCUUAGAGGCUGCGACUUUCGCACUCCACCCCCCGGCCCCUGAAAACGCCUCUCGGGGCCAGCUAAUGAGACUAAUUAGGAGAUGGCGCCCAGGGUGGUAAUUCCCAGGAAGGCCUCCAGAAAUCUAGGCAAACUUGGAGCGUGCCGCGGCGCUCGCUGGGGUCGGCGUUCGUGCCUCUGCUGAAUCCUGUGUCUCUACGGUUUCGGAGAAAUCCGAUUCGGAAAUCCCUAAACCUGGCCAGGUUUGGCCUGGCAGCACCUAUUCGAAAGACUUUGGGCGGAAACAGAGACGAGCUGGGUUCCCUUUCUUGCCAACGUAGGCGGAAGGGACUUUUGGUUUGGUUUUCCUCCAAAUUGGCUGGAGCACUCUGGAGGGAGACCCUCAGCCAUAGAGAGUCUCCAUGUUUUCUGACGCCUCACCUAACUCCCUUAAAAAGGGGAGGAGGCAAGCAGAAAAAGUGAAAAAGAAAGAACGAGGGACACGACGCACUAGGGAAACAAACGCGGGAACUGGGCGAUGUGCAGUCAUAAAAUGAGCUUCGGAUUAGACCCGAAUUCCUGGGCUGUAGACCGGCUCUGCUGGUCUGACUUUCCCCAUUGAUAAAAGUGUUACGGAGGAAGGGUUGGGCUAGGUGAACUCAGAGUCCUGGGCCGGGCGCGGACGAGGGAUUUAGGGGAAAGUGUUGCUUAUUCCCCACCCCACCCCACCCCGGCAAACCUUCCCCGGCGGCCCCCCUCCCCGGUGAAUCCCCGGCGGCUCGCGCGACGUAGGCUGCGAUCCUGGCCGCUGUCGGGGGCCGGCAGCUUCCUGGAAAGUUACUUCUCCUUGGAGCCGGCGAUAGGCACUGUUCUGUGAAAUCCGCUGAGCUUAGAUCGACUAUGUUCCGGGAAUGAGAGGGCUGUGCCAUUCCCCUCACUGCCCCUGCCUUGACGGCGUAACAGGAAAAAAAAGACGCAUACAAUGUUGGCUACCGAGGUGCACAAAACGUUUUAUUUGAGUGUAACCAAAUUAAGGCCUGCCACGGUCGUAGUAGCGUCGGGCCUCCAACGUACCUGCGGGGGCUUGGAGGCGGAUGGGCAGCGGUGCCCACAGAGCGCCUGGGCUGCGCGGUCCCUGGCAGACAGGUACGGUAACGUGGGGGUGGGCGAAUCUGCGCGGGCUCGCGGCGACGCGCAGGGCUCAGGUUUGUGCGUGUGCGUGUGUGUGCGCGCACGCGGGCUGCGGAGAAGGGGGUGCCUAGUGUCCUCCCGAGUGAAAAAGGCAGGAAAAGAAUGGGGGCUUUCCUAUUGGCUUGCUCUCUUGCUGUUAACCUCGCCUCUAGCUCUUCUCUCAGCUCCUCCCUCAUCCCCCUUCCCCUCCUUUCUGUUGUCCUCUUUGCCUUUUUUUGACCGAGUCCCUCUUUUUUUUUCUUCUCCAACUCCUUUAAAAGAUUUGUCUUCUCGAGGUGCCUAAUUGAAAAUCCACAGGGGACGCCCGGAAGGAGAGACAGAGUGUGGGGUGGAAAAACAAUGACUGACUCUCACUUGGUGGUCACUUUGGCUGGGGCAGUGUUGGGGGUCAGGGAGUCCAAGUCGGGACCCUUGCACCUGUCAGCUUCUCCUGGACAGCUCUGCUCUCUUGGUGGUGGUUUUUGUGGAAUGAUUUGUGUAUGUGGCAUUGGUGGGGUGCUUGAAGAUGACAGACCGAAUUUAUCCGGGAUUUUGCUGGGGAUUAGUUUUGAGAUCUCGGGCAAGGCCUAUACCCUGGAGCCUCAGUGCCCUCCCCAGUAAAUCAGGGCUGUAACAAGGAUCGGAUAAAAUAAUAGAUGGGAAAGAGCUGAGUGGUUUGUAAAAACAAACCAAAUGCUAGUGGUCAAUUUACUCUGCAGCAUCCAAAGGGAGGCAUUGUGUCCCACAUACCCCCACCCUCAUACUUCAUGCACUCACUAAUUGUGGGUCACUAAUUGUGGGGCAUUCUAAGGUAGAGCUUCCAUAGGAAGGAGUGGACUUAACAGGAAGGGUGCCUUAUGUAUAUGCAUUUAUUUUGGCCAAGCCAGGCAGAGGUUUAGGGUGAAAAGUACCCAGUGCAGGGCCUGGUGACAGUGGACCCAGGAGAACUGUUUUGUUUCAAUCUGCAUGUAGAGUGAGUCAUUGCCCAUUUUUCAAGGUGACAUGGCAGAUCUGAGCUUCUUGUGGUACUAAAAAUCUCUGACUAGAAAUCCACAACCGAGCUGGUGGUUGAAGCUUGUUAAAGGAGAGCCUUAGGUAUUCCAGAAGUGUUUAGAGAUCUCUUUCAUAGGGGAAGAGAAGGUUUAUAAAUAAACCUCUCAUGUGGUUUCAGCAUUCUUUUUCAAGGAGACAGCCAUUGAGCUUUGGUUAGAACCAAUUUAGUGUAUCUCUCUUUGCCCAUCUUGAAUUAGGAUGGGGAAAGGAAGAAAUAGGGCCUUUCAUCUUUUUCUGUCCUCUCCCUUCCCCCAUUUCUUCUCCCCACCCCCCACCACUCAUCCCCACUCACUCACAUGCACACACUAACCUUGAAGCUGAUGAGAAUGAGUGACUGGCACUUGGGACCACAGAGAAAUGUCAGAGUGUUUGGUUACAGACAGAAGGAAACCUCUCAUUUUAGAGUGCUCAUUUGGUUUUGAGCAAAAUUUUGAACUGUGAAUCAAGGCAUUGGGUGAAGACAAAAUGGCCUCACCAGCUGACAGCUGUAUCCAGUUCACCCGCCAUGCCAGUGACGUUCUUCUCAACCUUAAUCGCCUCCGGAGCCGUGACAUCUUGACUGAUGUUGUCAUAGUAGUGAGCCGUGAGCAGUUUCGAGCCCAUAAGACGGUCCUCAUGGCCUGCAGUGGCCUGUUCUACAGCAUCUUCACAGACCAGUUGAAAUGCAAUCUUAGUGUGAUUAAUCUGGAUCCUGAGAUCAACCCUGAGGGAUUCUGCAUCCUCUUGGACUUCAUGUACACAUCUCGGCUUAAUCUGAGGGAGGGCAACAUCAUGGCGGUGAUGGCCACGGCUAUGUACCUGCAGAUGGAGCAUGUUGUGGACACUUGCCGGAAGUUUAUCAAGGCUAGUGAAGCAGAGAUGGUUCCUGCCAUCAAGCCACCCCGGGAAGAGUUCCUGAACAGCCGGAUGCUGAUGCCCCAAGACAUCAUGGCGUACCGGGGUCGGGAGGUGGUGGAGAGCAACCUGCCACUAAGGAACGUCACUGGGUGUGAGAGCAGAGCCUUUGCUCCCAGCCUGUACAGUGGCCUUUCUACGCCGCCAGCCUCUUACCCUGUGUAUAGCCACCUCCCCGUCAGCAGCUUCUUCUUCUCUGAUGAGGAGCUGCGGGAUGCCCGGAUGCCUGUGGCCAACCCCUUCCCCAAGGAGCGGGCCCUUCCCUGCGACAGUGCCAGGCCAGUCCCUGGUGAGUACAGCCGGCCAGCCAUAGAGAUCUCCCCCAGCGUCUGCCACAGCAACAUCUACUCACCCAAGGAGGCAGCCCCAGAAGAGACACGGAGUGACAUGCACUACAGUGUGGCUGACGGCCCCAAGCCUGCAGCCCCCUCAGCCCGGAAUGCCCCAUACUUCCCCUGUGACAAGGCCGGCAAGGAGGAAGAGAGGCCCUCCUCAGAGGAUGAGAUUGCCCUGCAUUUCGAGCCCCCCAAUGCACCCCUGAACCGGAAGGGUCUGGUUAGUCCACAGAGCCCCCAGAAGUCCGACUGCCAGCCCAACUCGCCCACAGAAUCCUGUAGCAGCAAGAAUGCAUGCAUCCUGCAGACCUCUGGCUCACCUGCAGCCAAGAGUCCCACUGACCCCAAAGCCUGCAACUGGAAGAAAUACAAGUUCAUCGUGCUCAACAGCCUCAAUCAGAAUGCCAAACCAGAGGGGCCUGAGCAGGCUGAGCUGGGCCGCCUCUCCCCUCGAGCUUACACUGCCCCACCAGCCUGCCAGCCUCCCAUGGAGCCUGAGAACCUUGACCUCCAGUCCCCAACCAAACUCAGUGUCAGCGGGGAGGACUCCACCAUCCCACAGGCCAGCCGGCUCAAUAACAUUGUCAACAGGUCCCUGACAGGCUCCCCACGAAGCAGCAGUGAGAGCCACUCGCCACUCUACCUACACCCCCCCAAGUGCACGUCCUGUGGCUCUCAGUCCCCCCAGCAUGCAGAGAUGUGUCUGCACACCACGGGUCCCGCGUUCCCCGAGGAGAUGGGCGAGACCCAGUCUGAGUACUCGGAUUCCAGCUGUGAGAAUGGGGCCUUCUUCUGCAAUGAGUGUGACUGCCGCUUCUCUGAGGAGGCCUCACUCAAGAGGCACACGCUGCAGACCCACAGUGACAAACCCUACAAGUGUGACCGCUGCCAGGCCUCCUUCCGCUACAAGGGCAACCUCGCCAGCCACAAGACCGUCCAUACGGGUGAGAAACCUUACCGCUGUAACAUCUGUGGGGCACAGUUCAACCGGCCAGCCAACCUGAAAACCCACACUCGAAUUCACUCUGGAGAGAAGCCCUACAAAUGCGAAACCUGCGGAGCAAGAUUUGUGCAAGUGGCCCACCUCCGUGCCCACGUGCUCAUCCACACUGGUGAGAAGCCCUAUCCCUGUGAAAUCUGCGGCACCCGUUUCCGGCACCUUCAGACUCUGAAGAGCCACCUGCGAAUCCACACGGGAGAGAAGCCGUACCAUUGCGAGAAGUGUAACCUGCAUUUUCGCCACAAAAGUCAGCUGCGUCUUCACUUGCGCCAGAAGCACGGCGCCAUCACCAACACCAAGGUGCAAUACCGUGUGUCCGCCACCGACCUGCCCCCGGAGCUCCCCAAAGCCUGCUGAAGCAUGGAGUGUUGAUGCUUUCCAUUCGAGUCCCUUCUCAGAAUCUACCCAAAGGAUACUGUAACACUUUACAACGUUCAUCCCACGACGUAGUGCCUCUUUCAUCCACUAGUGCAAAACAUAGCGGGGGCGGGGGCGGGGGAGGGGCGUGGGGACGGGGAGCCAGAGCAGCUCCCCUUCCCCCACUGCCAUAAAACAUUACGAAAUAAUAUUGCUUCUUCUCCUAUGUGUAAGGCAAACCAUGUCAGCAAAAGGCAAAAUCAUUUUCUGUAUCCAAGCGGGGGAGUAUGCAAAAGUUCUGACUUGACUUAGUCUGCAAAAUGAGGAAUGUAUAUGUUUUGUGGGAACAGAUGUUUCUUUUGUAUGUAAAUGUGCAUUCUUUUAAAAGAAGAGACUUCAGUAUGUUAUCAAAGAGAGGGCUUUAAUUUUUUUAACCAAAGGUGAAGGAAUAUAUGGCAGAGUUGUAAAUAUAUAAAUAUAUAUAUAUAUAAAAUAAAUAUAUAUAAACCUAAAAAAGAUAUAUUAAAAAUAUAAAACUGAGUUAAAGGCUCGAUUUUGUAUCUGCAGGCAGACACGGAUCUGAGAAUCUUUAUUGAGAAAGAGCACUUAAGAGACUAUUUUAAGUAUUGCAUCUGUAUAAGUAAGAAAAUAUUUUGUCUAAAAUGCCUCAGUGUAUUUGUAUUUUUUUGCAAGUGAAGGUUUACAAUUUACAAAGUGUGUAUUAAAAAAAACAAAAAGAACAAAAAAAGCUGCCGAAGGAAAAAUGUGUAGUUUUGUUCUAGUUUUUGGUUUGUAUAUACCUGUACAACGUGUCCUACGGUGCCUUUUUUCAUGGAAGUUUUCAGCGAUGGACGAGCGCGCCAUCCCUUUUUGAAGUGUAGGCAGACACAGGGAUUUGAAUCGUCACUAACUAAGCUCUCUUUGGGAAUGUUUGUCUCAUCACAUUCUGCGUCGUGCUUGUGUAUAACUACUCCGGAGACAGGGUUUGGCUGUGUCUAAACUGCAUUACCACGUUGUAAAAUAUAGCUGUACAAAUACAAGAAUAAAAUGUUGAAAAGUCAA